AUCUGUGUCAUGUGCUCUACUAUUCAUGUGUUUACAGUAGGAGAUUUCCCCUGCCGGUCUAUUACCUGGAUUACAGUAAUCACCUGGAUGACGUAUCACUGUAGUUUCAGCAGCAUCAGAGCCAACAAGCUGAAACAGACAGAGGGAGGAAGAUCAAGGGGCAGACGGCCCGGAAGCCCCUGGAAUAUCACAGCUCGCGGGUUCGCAUCCCCACAGCAGCUUCCACCUUGCAGCAUUAGAAUACUGGAUCUGAAGUGGUGAUGGUAUUGAACAGUAAGGAAGAUCCAAUAGUUUAUACUGAUAUAACCGGUCCGCCUGCAAUUAAGUGUUUAAUCUAAGGACAACGCAGGCAGGAGGAUAUUUAUGGUGCUAAUGACAAGGAUUUCAUUAAUUAAGGUGGGGAUUGGGACCCCACCAGGGACCCCCCACGUGUAAUGUACAACCCCCGGCGCUGCUGUCAAGGUACCACUGAAACAGGGUCGUGUGACACAGGGGCAGCUCAGAUGACAAGUCCUAAGAAACUCAUCCCAUCUCCUCCAGCAGAUCUGCAGACUUGUUGAACGCCUAUUGCAACUUCCAGUCUCCUUGGAAUUCUGAAUAAUUAUCCAUGGAAUGCUUUGUAUUCACUUAGAGGAUAUUUUAUGUCUUGCCCCUCAAUGGCUGGUGGACCUUAAAACCUGUUUUGAAUAUUAUUAUUAAUAGUAUUAUUUGUUCUGUUUCGUCCUCACUGCACAUACAACAUUAUUAUUUUUUUUAUAUCUAUGUUACACCCUAAACAAAGCACUUUUUUCGGAAACUUUAUGGGGGAGAUCACCAAUUUUGGAGAUGCUAAGGAAGGAGUUACCUUUGCCACAGGGCUGGGAAGAAGCCAGGGAUGUUGAUGGGAAAAUCUACUACAUCGAUCAUGCAAGUAAAACCACCAGCUGGAUAGACCCCAGGGACAGGUAUACGAAGCCAUUAACCUUUGCUGACUGUAUUGGCGAUGAGCUGCCACUGGGAUGGGAAGAGGCUUAUGACCCACAAGUUGGGGUUUACUACAUUGACCACAACAGUCAAACCACACAGAUAGAGGACCCAAGGGUGCAAUGGCGUGGAGAACAGGAGCGCAUGUUGAAGGACUAUCUGGUGCUUGCCCAGGAUGCUCUGGUUGCACAGAAAGAGAUAUACCAAGUCAAGCAACAGCGGCUUGAAUUAGCUCAGCAGGAAUACAGGCAACUAAAUGAUGUUUGGAAACAUAAAUUAGGAUCCCAGACCAGCCUGGUCUCAGGUUCCUCAUCAAGCAAGUAUGAUCCUGACAUUCUUAAAGCUGAAAUUGCAACAACAAAAGCCAGGGUUAACAAACUGAAGAGAGAAGUUGUUUAUAUGAGAGAAGAAUUGCAAUACAAAGAAAAUGGCUACCAGACACUGAAACAGAUAGAUAUGAAAAUGUCAGGAAACCAUAUUGGCUUCAAACUAGACGAAGCUCAAGCCAUCUUAAAUGAAAUGAAAGCCAUCAAAAAAGCCAUCAGUUCUGGAGAGAGAGAAAAGCAGGAUCUAAUUCAGAGUCUUGCAAGAUUAAAAAAUGGCUUCUGUGUUGCAACGGGAUCUCAGUCAGACCUUUGGGCUAGCAAUACAUCUUUGGAAAGUUCCAGUACGUCUCUGCCCAGGCAGUAUCUCAAUGUUAGCUCACAGACUGAUGUUUCAGGAAAUCUUGCUGUGAUCGGUAGUAACCACUUGGCUGAGAAGGUCAGAUUACGACUUCGUUAUGAAGAAGCAAAGAGAAGGAUCGCCAAUAUUAAAAUACAGCUGUCUAAAUUAGACAGCGAAGCCUGGCCGGGGGUUCUUGAUUCGGAACGGGAUCGGCUUAUCUUAAUAAAUGAGAAAGAAGAACUCUUGAAGGAAAUGCGAUUCAUCAGUCCGAGAAAGUGGAGCCAGCCUGACGUUGAAAGACUUGAAACAGAGAAAAAACGACUGGAGGAAGAUUUACAAACUGCGAGAGACUGCCAGAGUAAAGCACUUACAGAGAGGUUGAAGAUGACCAGUAAAAGGAAUCAGUUGGUCAGAGAACUGGAGGAGACAGCGAGGUUAAUUGCAACUCUGCACACUCAACUAAAGAGCCUAUCCGCCAGCACGCAGUCUCUUUCAUCAGGCAGCAGUCCAGGAUCACUGGCAUCCAGUCGAGGAUCUCUAGUUACAUCCAGCCAGGACUCCUCAACAUCUACCAGCUACACUGAUCUCUACCACGAACAACUGGAACAGUUAGACUCAGAAUACCAGAACAAAGUAGACUUUUUGCUUCAGGAAGGAGCAGUUGGUUAUAGGCCAUCAGGGUGUAUCACCACCAUUCAUGAAAACGAGGUGGUUAAAUCUCAAAGAAUUGACUCAUCAAACCGCAUCCAGGCUUUGAGAUCCUUAUCUGGUACACCUAAAUCCAUGACAUCAUUGUCCCCAAGGUCAUCACUGUCGUCUCCCUCUCCUCCUUGCUCCCCUCUUGUAACAGACCCAUUUUUAACUGGAGAUGUGUUCCUCAGCAACACUGACUUUGAUGAUAUUGACCUUAACAUGCAUUUUUCUGAACUUGGCUUAGCUGGUGGAAAGAGCUACCCAUUCGAAUCUGAAAACAAACCCGCAGGACAAGGAUUAAACUGCCUUGGCGUGACCGGUCUGAAAGCAACGGGUGUAUCAGCAGCCGUGUCAGAUGAAUCAGUAGCUGGAGACAGUGGAGUCUAUGAGCCAACAACACAAAGACUAUUGCUGGAAAAUCCAGAAGAUGAUGUUGAAGAUUCGGAGGCUGUUGGUACAGCUAAAGUUAAAAUUGGGAUGAAGUAUGAUGAGAAAAACAAGCAGUUUGCAGUAUUCAUUGUACAGCUGGAUAACACGGCCGCUUUGUCGCUACAGCCCGACCAGAAAGUGUACGUUCGUGUUGCAAUCCUUCCUUGUUCUGAAAGCACAAGCUGCUUGUUCCGGACAAGAUCCAUGGAGCAAUCCGAAAGUCUAACCUAUAACGAAAUGUUCUUGGUGUCGGUAACUCAUGCAGCGUUACAUCAGAAGACCCUGAGAAUAGACCUGUGCACAGUGCGAUCUAAUCAUCGGGAGGAAUGCUUGGGGGGAGCGCAAGUCAGUUUAGCUGAUAUCUGUAGAUCUGGAGAAAAGGAAGUCCACUGGUACAAUCUCUUGAACUAUCACAACCUGAAGAAGAAAAAUAAAAAAGAUAAGCAGAGUAACAGUGAUCCAGAAGAAAAAUACACUGGGAACACAGACUCUGUGAGUGCACUUUUAGAACAGACUGCUGUUGAACUAGAAGCUGUAGAAAAGCAGUUUGAAGAAAUUGGAUUGGUUGAAGUGGAAGAAGAUACCUGGCCUGAGGAGCUAAACCCUGGCCAUGAUGAAGAAGGUGGCAGUGAAAAUGAAGAAGACAAUGAAAACCCACAAUGUGAAGCAGAAGACACAGCACAGUCAGACCCAGAGUUAGCUCCAGUGAAGGUGGAUAAGGAGACAAACACUGAUGGUCUUGCACAGCCCUCUACUGUUGUACGUCCAAAAGACAAGCGUGCAGCCAACCCAAUGCAGGCACCAUUCCUACGAGGCAGUACUAUAAUACGCUCUAAAACUUUCUCACCAGGACCACAAAGCCAGUACAUCUGCCGGUUGAACCGCAGUGACAGCGACAGCUCAACACUAUCUAAAAAGCUGCCUUUUGUCCGGAACUCUAUGGAGAGGCGAAGUAUGAGAGGGAAGCGGCCGUCCAUAAAGUACCCUGGCACAGAGCGUUUAAUUCGCACAUCACUAGACUUGGAAUUAGAUCUGCAGGCUUCAAGGACGUGGCAUAAUCAGCUAACUCAAGAGAUUUCUGUACUAAGAGACCUCAAAGAACAGUUAGAGCAAGCAAAACGUCAAGGUGAAAAUGAGCUGCCUCAGCGGUUGAAAGAUGAUGACAGAUUUAAGCUUCUGCUCAGACAAGUGGAGAAACAGGUGCAAAAAAUUGAACAGAAAUAUGAGAUGCAAGCAGAUAAAAUGAUGAGAGCGGCAGCUAAGGAUGUUCAUAGGCUCCGGGGACAGAGCUGCAAAGAGCCAUUGGAAGUGCAGUCGUUCAGGGAGAAGAUGGCGUUUUUCACCCGACCGAGAAUAAACAUCCCGACUCUCACUGCAGAUUAUGUUUAAUUAUCACCAUAAAGUAUUUUGUUUCUGUUCUGAGCGCCACUGCAAAAAAAAAAAAAAAAACAACACAGUCGGAAGCAGUUGAAGUUAAAAGUUGUGGUGUUAUGAAGGUACAGAGUUCAUUAUCAAUGCUGGAAAGAUCACCUGUGCGAUUCUUUCAACAUUGUCAGAGAUCCAUCCACUGUAUUUUUCGUUUGUAUUUUAUUUUUAUAUUUUAUUCUUGUCUUUCAUUACUGCAAAACCAGCAUUAACUUUUCAAGUUUGUAUAGCUUGUACAUUUAGGGUCAAAUUUCAAGAAGAAAACAAAUGUUUUGAGAUCAUGUGUUAUUCUAUUGGCAAAUUCAAAUUUUUGUACAGAAAUGCAUUAGAGAGGUUUUACUGCAAUAAAAAUUUUUUUAAAAAGAAAACCUCAGUUUUAAAAAAUUAUAAGACUAAAUAAAUUGUGCGUUAUACAGAAAUAAAAUUACAGUUCAUUUUCCUACUACAAGACCUAUUCAUUCUAUAUACUACACAAGAACAAUAAUACAGUUUCCACAAAUAAUAGUAUAAGGCUCUAAGUAUUUUGUAAAAAAAAGUUCAGAAGAAUUGUUCUAGAUAAUAAAGUGGUGUAUAACAUUUUCAUAACAUGGUAAGCUAUUGUGUAUUUUUAGAUGUACUUUAGUACAUCGUGGGACUGAUAACAAGCUACAAUAUGAAUAAAAUCUAAUCAAGAUUUAUAACUUAAGUUGGUCAAUACCAACACUAUUGGUAUAUCAAAAACUCAAGGUCAAAAUCAGCUUUUAUAAUAAAAUCUUGCUUUACGUUCA